CCUUUCCAAGGGAGCUGCCACUCCGGAAGGUGUACUGCAGACCCAGGACGUGCUGGAGACGUGUCCUCACUGCCGGCGGCAGAGACCCCAGCGUUUCCCUUGGUGCCCCGUUCCUGCCUCCGAAGCCAGCCUUUGACGCCUGCUCCCUCUUCCCUCUGGUCCCGACACCUGGAUCUUGCCUUCCAACCCCACCCUAGGUCCCUUCCCUUGGGUGCCUGGUCCCUUCCCAGGGCCCCUGGUCCCUGGGCCAUGGCCCAGAGGGUGCGCCUGGGGCUUAGGUGGCCGGAGGCUGUGGCCACCGCGCUUUUGCUUGGAUUAUUCCAGAAUGGGAUGGGAGCUGAAGGGUCCGAAGCUUCCUGCGGCGUGGCCGUCCAAGCACGUGUUGCAGGUGGUAGCAAUGCAAGCCCUGGCCAUUGGCCCUGGCAGGUCAGCAUCAACCACGACGGCAUCCAUGUGUGUGGCGGUUCUCUCGUGUCUGAGCAGUGGGUGCUGUCGGCCGCUCACUGCUUCCCAAGGGAUUACCACAAAGACCACUAUGAGGUAAAGCUGGGGGCCCACGAGCUGGACUACUACAACUCUCAGGUAGAGGUCCGCACCGUGGCGCAGGUCAUUUCCCACCCCAGCUACCUCCAGGAGGGCUCCGAGGGUGACAUCGCGCUCCUCCAGCUCAGCAGCCCCGUCACCUUCUCCCGCUACAUCCGGCCCAUCUGCCUCCCCGCUGCCAACGCCUCCUUCCCCAAUGGGCUCCAGUGCACUGUCACUGGAUGGGGCCACGUGGCCCCCUCAGUGAGCCUCCAGGCCCCCAGGCCACUGCAGAAACUCGAGGUGCCGUUGAUCAGUCGUGAGACCUGUAACUGCCUUUACAACAUCGACGCCAAGCCCAACGAGCCCCACGUUAUCCAGCAGGACAUGGUGUGUGCUGGCUACGUGAACGGGGGCAAGGAUGCCUGCCAGGGUGACUCUGGGGGCCCACUCUCCUGCCCUGUGGAGGGCCUCUGGUACCUGGCAGGCAUUGUAAGCUGGGGUGAUGCCUGUGGGGCCCCCAACAGGCCUGGUGUGUACACUUUGACCUCCAGCUAUGCCUCCUGGAUUCACCACCAAGUGGCAGAGCUCCAGCCUCAAGUGGUGCCCCAAAUCCAGGAGUCCGAGCCUGAUGGCGACCUCUGCAGCAACUAUGGGGCCUUAAACUCUGCCCCAGCCCAGGGCUGGGGGUGGUCCAUUCUGCUGCCACUAGGUCUGACCCUGGGCCUCCUCCGCCCAUGGCACGAGCACUGAGCUACUCACUCUGGGAGCCGAGCUGCUUCCGGGACCUCCACAUCACACCUGAGGACAAAUGCCUGGCCCCAGGAUGGCCCUGGCCCUGGGACCUGAUGGGCCGCUCCUUCCUCCCAGGACCCUGUGGCAGCUCAGAGCACCACCCUGACCUCUGACCCACUCUUCUGAGUUGUUCUUUGGGACUAUAACCUCCACCACAGGAGUUUCCUGCCUGUGGUACUGGUGAGGACCUCUGGCCACCUCCAUCUGUCCACAAGCCUACUGGUUGGGCUCCUAUGGAGCCCCAAGGACCCUAAGCUAUGAAAACAGGCCCUGGCUGCCCACCUGUUUCUAGAAGACUGCCCAGGCGACUGCUGCUGAAGGGCUGGCUCCAGCACGUCCCGUUCUGCCUGAUGAGCCCCAUCACUGCACCCUCAUACUGCCUUCUGGGCUGGGGCUGCCUCCGGGCAGCAUGUUUUCAAGGACAGAAAAGGCCCUAGUCUUGCCCCAUUGGCUGCCCUGCCCCCCUUGAGCCCUAACUCCUUGACUCCGGAGGACUGAGCCCCCGCCGGAACUGGGCUCUGACUCGCAUCUGGGGUUGGGGGCUAGAUGAAGCAGGAAGGAGUAAAAUGUUAUGAGAAUAAA